ACCGCACAUCAAUACUGGAUGGCACCAGAUUUGUGAUACAUCGUCGGCCAACUAUGAAGCGGAAUCAUGCGCAAAGCAUUGUGGUAUGGCAUGCUCGGACUCCUGUCUUUCAGCAAUGCGCAGUCGAGCCAUGAAGAAGAGAGCACCUCGGAGCCGCACAUCUCGAAUGCUCCUAGUAUUUCCACACGACAAUCGUCUUCCACGCCACCCGCAGCAUCAACACUGAGUAAUGCGACUUGUGUCAGUCGAACGGCGAAUUACAUUACGCACACUUUGCCGCAACAAUGCCUCCGGACAGAUCGAGUCGCCGCGAAUGGGACGACUUCCACAGCGGCAUCGCCGUCUUCCGAGGCCACGGACACGACUGUCAGCGAUGUACCAACCUUGGAGACUGUAUCUGACUCUACAGAGGCCCUUAAAGUCGCUACUGUAGUCUCCGUGGACCACGAAGCCGAAUCGGACUCGAUUCUGGACGAUGCAAACUUCCUAUCUUUUGAGCAAUGGAAGCAACAGAACCAAGCCAAAGCUGACCAAGCGGCCGAACUACCUGCAGAUCGACAGAGGCCGGGCAUCAACAACGCGUUAGAUUCCCUGGGCGAUGAAGGAGAGAUCGAAUUGGAUUUCGAGGGGUUCGGCGGCGGCGCAACUCGGCCUCGACAGCAGCAGGCAGCGUAUCGGACGGCGAGUGGAGCUGCCAGCGCGCCCACUGCUCCAGAGUCGUACACUCCUCGUUCUAAAGAUGCAGGCAAGACAUGCAAGGAGCGGACCAACUAUGCGUCCUUCGAUUGCGCGGCCACCGUGCUGAAGAACAAUCCCGAAUGCAAGUCCGCCUCGUCAGUCCUCGUGGAGAAUAAGGACAGCUACCUAUUGAACAUCUGCUCCGCCACCAACAAGUUCCUCAUCGUGGAACUCUGCAACGACAUUCUCAUCGACACCGUCGUUCUCGCCAACUACGAGUUCUUCAGUAGCAUCUUCCGUCACUUCCGCGUCUCAGUAUCGGAGCGGUACCCUGUGAAACUGGACAAGUGGAUCGAUCUCGGGACCUUCGAAGCGCGAAACAGCCGUGAAGUCCAGGCCUUCCUAAUCCAACAUCCGCAGAUUUGGGCAAGGUACUUGAGAAUCGAGUUUCUCUCGCACUACGGCAGCGAGUAUUACUGCCCUGUCAGUUUACUCCGAGUCCAUGGCACGACUAUGCUGGAAGAAUUGCGACCUCAGGAGGAUGCUGUCUCCAGCGAAAACGAAGAGAUCGAAGCAAGCGCGGAAUCCGAAGCGCUUGUUGAGCCCGCCGUUCCUCAAGAGCCGCUUGCAUCGACAGAUGAGGCCUACAAGGAGACUUUGCAGGCGGUACCUGCCGUUGAGACCAAAGACGCUACUCCUGAGCAGAACAUCUCGACAAUGACGAGUGCUGAACACGUUAAUGUUUCGUUAUCUCCGCCGAUUGCUGGCCCCUCUGCUACGCAGGGGAAUGCAUCAAACGCUGUUGCGGAUGUUCAGAUGCCUCAGAUUACCGACCUGACGUGUGCUCCCAACUUAACUGCUGUCACUCCGAGCGAGUCUGCUUCGGCAGGUUCAGCAAUCAAUACCUCUUCGACUCAGGCAAGCAUCACCACCACGGAGAGCACCACACUAGGACAAGCGGGAACUACGACUUCCGCUAUCUCUACUACCGCGACAAACACGGCAUCGUCCAAUAGUGAUGCUCCAUCCACCAGCGCUCCUUCUAACGCAACUGUGACUGCGAACGCAACAAGUUCCAUCUCAUCCGCAAGUCAUGCGCCUUCACCUUCAACAACCGAUCCAGAAACCGAUACAAGCACAAACUCGACCGAACCCAUCUCCUCAUCAUCCACCCGUUUCGCCUCCUCAGCAACCACAAACAUCCCACAACCCCAACCCUCAACGCAAGAAUCCUUCUUCAAAUCCAUCCACAAACGCCUCCAAAACCUCGAAGCCAACAGCACCCUCAGCCUGCAGUACAUCGAAUCGCAGUCCCUCCUCCUCCGCGCCGCCUUCCAAAAAGUGGAAAAGCGACAGCUAACCGCCACCACCGCCUUCCUCUCCGCCCUCAACGACACCGUCAUGGCGGAGCUGCGCGGCUUCCGCCAGGCCUACGAUCAGUUGUGGCAGAGCACGGUGAUUGAGCUCGAGGCGCAGCGCGAGCAGUCGCAGCGGGAAAUGCUGGCGAUUAGUUCGCGCUUGACUCUCGUGGCGGACGAGUUGGUAUGGCAGAAACGCAUGGGGAUCGUGCAGUCGACCGUCAUCCUUCUAUGUCUGGGUUUAGUGUUGUUCGCGAGGGGAGGAGGCGCAGGGAACGCGGCAUUCGAAGUGCCGCCCCUCAUGCAGCAGAUGAUGCGCAACAAGUCGCAAACCGCCUUCUCCCGCCCUGACUCGCGGAAUGGCGGCGGUCCCGGCACGAACGCAGCCGCAUCGCCGUCAGCAGCAGGGUGGGAAAACACCAGUCCUCCCGCCAGCCCGAGUCCGGAAAGCAGGAGUCCGGUGGCGUUGUUUCGCCGCAAAUUGGCGUGGAGGUCGGUGACUGAGCCCACGGCUGUGGCGACUUUGGCGACGGACCAAGCGAGUGAUGAUCUAAGUAGGCCGGCAAGUCGGGAUGGAUUGUUACACCCGUCGCAUCUGAGCCGGAUGGUGGAUGUCACGGUUGAUCCGCCUACGCCGGAGAGGAAUCCGUCAUCGUAUAGAAGUGAGGAUGAAGAGGUGCUGGAGGAUGAGGAGGGCGAUGAUGAGGAAGAGAUGUACGAGUCGACUGAGUGGCACGAAGAGGAGACGCCUACGAAGACGGGCGUGAGAGAGCGGCAUAGAAAACCGCCGGAUUUAUUAGACGUAGAUGAUUGAAGACAUGUAGCGCGUAUCUUGGGCCUGG